AUGAGAAUUUGUGGACUUGAAGAACAAAUUCAUGUCAUUGAUAAUAAAGUGACUGUUGAAGAAAUUAUAAAGGAUAUAGUUAGAACAAAGGAAAUAUCAGAUCCAUUUUAUAUAUUUGAUGUUGGUGAUCUUGUGCAUAAAGCAAGAAUAUGGCAGCAAAAGUUACCACGGGUAAAACCUUUUUAUGCUGUGAAAUGCAACGACAAUUCCCUUGUGUUAGAAACGUUGGCUGCGUUUGGAACGAAUUUCGAUUGUGCUUCCAAAGCCGAGAUAAAAAAAGUUUUGGACUUGGGAGUGAAUCCAUCUCGUAUAAUAUUCGCUAAUCCAGCAAAAAUGACCUCACAUAUUAAGUAUGCCAUGAGCCAAUGCGUUGAUCUGACAACAUUUGAUAAUGAACUGGAACUGUACAAAAUUAAAUCUAUUCAUCCAUCCUGCAACUUAGUUAUACGAAUUCGUUGUGAUGCAACUGAAACUCAGUGUCCACUUGGUAUUAAAUAUGGCUGUGAUCCUCUAACCGAAGCACCUGCAUUAAUGUCAUUGGCCCGUGAUUUGGGUUUGUCUGUAGUAGGAGUAAGCUUUCAUGUUGGUUCAGGAUGCAAUGAACCAGCUGCCUUUCGAAGAGCAAUUGCUGCUUCAGCAGCUAUUUUUCGACUUGCCCAGCAGUUAGGUUUUAUGAAUAUGUACCUGUUGAACAUUGGAGGAGGAUUUCCUGGAAAUAAAAGCACUUCGUUGGACAAAAUUGCAGACAUAGUGAACGAUGCACUUAAUGAAUGGUUCCCUCCAAACAAUGGAGCUACCAUCAUAGCAGAACCAGGUAGAUUCUUUGUGGCUUCAGCAUUUACUCUCUCUACAAAAAUUCACUCUAUUAAAAAACGUUCAAAUGAUGAAAAUCACAUUAUGUAUUUUAUUAAUGAUGGAGUGUAUGGUUCUUUCAAUAGUAUUCUUUAUGAUCACUCAGUUGUUGUACCCAAACCUUUGAAUGAUUAUCUAAUGAGUCCAGUUUGCCAGAGUUCCAUCUGGGGACCUACUUGUGAUGGUUUGGAUCAAGUAGUUGAUUUGGUGAAUAUGCCACUGAUGAGAAUGGGUGAUUGGAUUACUUUUGAAGAUAUGGGAGCAUAUACAAUACCUGUAGCUAGCACAUUUAAUGGAUUUCCACUUCCCAAGGUCUUUGCUGUUGCCAGUCGAAGAAUUUGGCAAAAGUUGAAGAAUUUAAUGCCAAUAUCUGAGGAUCAUUUUACAACUGUGCCCAUUGUUGCAACUAUUAAAAUGGUACGUUCAGUAUCCAGCGAUGAUGAUGAAUGGGAUGAAAAUGAUUUGGAAUAUACCCAACGAUAUCCAUGUCUUCAUCUGAAGAGUUCGUUCUCUAUGCGCGAAGCAUGA